CCAUUUACAGAUUUGAUUUUGCCUUCAUCUUCUUCUAUGUGUUUCAGUUCACCAACAAAAUAACAAACAAAACACCUACUCCCCCUCCUCCUCCUCCACCUUCUUCACUACUAAUCCAAGCCCGUCUCCUUUUUAUCUUUUCCCAAAAAAAAAAGGCAGACUGUUAAUUAUUUUGUCAUCAAAAUUUAAAGAAAAGAAAAAGGUGUCUUUUGUGAUUGGGGAAACCGAGAGUGGAAUAUUAAACACGUGGUGGUAAUUGGUUGGAGGAGGAGAAGGAAACAGGUCAAAAGUCAAAUAGAAAUGCCGGAGGAGGAUUUGGUGGAUAUAAAGUUCAGGCUUUAUGACGGGUCGGAUAUCGGACCGUUCCGGUACUCAUCGACGUCUACUGUUGAUAUGCUUAAGCAGCGGAUUGUUUCUGAUUGGCCCAGAGGCAAAACAAUAACUCCCAAGGCAGUGAAUGAAAUCAAGCUGAUAAGCUCUGGUAAAGUCUUGGAUAACAACAAGACCGUGGGUCAAUGUAGAACACCUUUUGGAGAAGCGGCCGGGGGAGUUAUCAUAAUGCAUGUUGUUGUACAGCCAUCUCUAGCAAAAACCAAAACAGAAAAGAAGAUUGAUAAAUCUCCGAAGAAAAUCGUGUGCUCGUGUUCCAUAAUGUGAAGGCCAGGUACGUAGAAAUCUCGGGAAUUGCACCCAUGGUACCAACAGUUUAGGUACAGCAAUUGUUUUCUUUGAACAUCUGUGUCGCAGUAUUCACGUGUAAUUGUAAAAGUGUCCAGUUGUGAUGUGUUUCUUUCCGUUUUUUUUCUUGGUUUGUUCUUUGAAGACGAAGAUUUGUACCAGUAAUAGAAAGCUGUAUACAACCAUUGAUGUAAAGACAUGAUCCGCAAUCAUAUAUCAAAGAGAAAUACUUCUGUGUUAA